UUUAAAAAAACAGAAAGAAAGAAAAAAAAAGCAAGCCAGGAGGAGAGCUAAUCUGAGUCGUUGCCUCUGUCAGCUUGGCUAGGACCGACCUCGUACUUUCGCUUUGUCUUGUCCCCAAGCUCUCAGUCUCCGCCGUCUCCGCCUCCGCACCCGUACAAUUCCCAUCCAAGCGAACGACUUCACCGCCUGGGCUUGGCUAAAUCCCUAAGCCGAGUAAAAAAAAAAAAACUAGCUUUGAUGGUUGUGCUAGAAGAUAACACCGAGAGGGAGAGGUCACCACCACUUGUAGAGAAUGGUUUCGCCAAUGGACCAAAGGCCUUUCAAGGGAAUGGUAAUGAUAAUGAUAAUGAUACACUCUCUUACGCCAACGUUCUUCGCGCAAGAAACAAGUUUUCCGACGCGCUUGCUCUCUACGAGACUAUACUGAAUCAAGACAUCAACAACGUUGAAGCCCACAUUGGAAAAGGGAUAUGCCUCCAGACGCAAAGCAAAGCGAACCUCGCUUUUGAUUGUUUCUCCGAAGCAAUCAGGUUGGAUCCUCAUAACGCUUGUGCUCUCACGCACUGUGGUAUACUUCAUAAAGAAGAAGGGAGGCUCGUGGAAGCUGCUGAGUCCUACCAGAGAGCACUGAUGGCAGACGCAUCUUACAAGCCAGCAGCUGAGUGUUUAGCGGUUGUUUUGACCGAUCUUGGAACUAGCCUGAAGCUGGCUGGGAAUACGCAGGAAGGGAUUCAGAAGUACUACGAAGCCCUUAAGAUUGAUCCCCACUAUGCUCCUGCGUAUUACAACUUAGGUGUUGUGUACUCUGAGAUGAUGCAAUACGACAGUGCCUUGGGCUGCUACGAGAAGGCUGCACUUGAGAGGCCAAUGUAUGCCGAAGCAUAUUGUAACAUGGGUGUCAUCUAUAAGAACCAUGGUGACUUAGAGACGGCUAUCACUUGUUAUGAGAGAUGUUUAGCUGUAUCUCCAAACUUUGAGAUUGCGAAGAAUAAUAUGGCCAUAGCUCUGACAGAUUUAGGAACAAAGGUUAAACUUGAAGGCGAUGUGAGCCAAGGAGUGGCAUAUUACAAGAAGGCUCUCUACUACAACUGGCACUAUGCAGAUGCUAUGUAUAAUCUUGGGGUGGCUUAUGGUGAAAUGCUGAAGUUUGACAUGGCAAUUGUGUUCUAUGAGCUUGCGUUCCACUUCAACCCACAUUGUGCUGAGGCUUGCAACAAUUUAGGAGUACUCUACAAAGACCGUGACAACCUUGACAAAGCUGUGGAGUGUUAUCAGAUGGCUCUGUCAAUCAAACCAAAUUUUGCACAGUCGCUUAACAACCUUGGUGUCGUCUACACAGUUCAGGGGAAGAUGGACGCUGCUGCUGAUAUGAUUGAGAAGGCUAUCCUUGCAAAUCCCACUUACGGAGAAGCUUUUAACAACUUAGGUGUUCUUUACAGAGACGCUGGAAACAUAACCGCGGCUAUUGAUGCUUAUGAGGAAUGCCUUAAGAUAGAUCAAGAUUCUCGCAAUGCUGGCCAGAACCGAUUGCUUGCCAUGAACUACAUAAACGAAGGACUCGAUGACAAGCUAUAUGAGGCUCACAGAGACUGGGGUUGGCGUUUCACAAGAUUACACCCACAGUACACUUCGUGGGAUAAUGUUAAAGAUCCAGAGCGACCUAUCACCAUUGGAUAUAUCUCUCCAGACUUCUUCACUCAUUCAGUUUCUUAUUUCAUUGAAGCCCCACUCACUCAUCAUGAUUACACAAAGUACAGAGUUGUGGUUUAUUCAGCGGUAGUUAAGGCAGAUGCAAAAACAUUCAGGUUUAGGGAUAAAGUGUUGAAGAAAGGUGGAGUUUGGAAAGAUAUAUACGGAAUAGAUGAGAAAAAGAUUGCAAGUAUGGUCCGAGAUGACGAAAUCGAUAUUUUGGUGGAGCUCACUGGCCAUACAGCGAAUAACAAGCUGGGAACAAUGGCCUGCAGACCAGCACCUGUUCAGGUUACUUGGAUCGGCUAUCCAAAUACUACUGGCUUGCCCACUGUUGAUUACAGGAUCACGGAUUCGUUGGCUGAUCCACCAGAUACCAAACAGAAACAGGUUGAGGAGCUGGUUAGGCUUCCGGAGUGUUUUCUUUGUUAUACACCAUCCCCAGAGGCUGGUCCUGUUUGUCCAACACCAGCUCUUUCCAAUGGCUUUGUCACAUUUGGUAGCUUCAACAAUCUCGCAAAGAUCACUCCUAAGGUGCUGCAAGUAUGGGCAAGGAUACUGUGUGCAGUUCCCAACUCUCGUCUGGUGGUAAAAUGCAAACCUUUCUGCUCUGACAGCGUCAGGCAGAGGUUUCUCACGACGCUGGAGCACCUUGGGUUAGAAUCAAAGCGCGUUGAUCUCUUGCCGCUUAUUCUUUUCAACCACGACCAUAUGCAAGCUUACUCCUUAAUGGAUAUAAGUUUGGACACAUUCCCUUAUGCUGGAACCACCACAACCUGUGAAUCUCUCUACAUGGGAGUUCCAUGUGUUACCAUGGCUGGUUCAGUACAUGCUCAUAACGUUGGUGUCAGUCUUCUCAGUAACGUUGGUUUAGGACGCCUGGUUGCUAAAAAUGAGGAUGAGUAUGUGCGGUUAUCUGUUGAUCUAGCUUCUGAUGUCACGGCUCUUUCAAAACUGAGGAUGAGUCUCAGGGAUCUAAUGGCUGGAUCUCCUGUUUGUAACGGUCCUUCCUUUGCUGUUGCUCUUGAAUCCGCGUACCGAACUAUGUGGAGAAGCUACUGCAAAGGUGAAGUACCGUCCUUAGAGCGAAUGGAAAAGCUGCAAAGAGAGGUCCAAGAAGAUCCCUUGAUCUCAUCAAGACUCAACGUUACUGGAGAAGCCACUCCUUCGCUCAAGGCCAAUGGCUCUGCUCCUGUUCCUUCUUCCUUACCUACCCAGUCCUGGCAGCUUAUAGAUGUUGAGAAAACUUAAUGCGUUUGCAGAUUCUGGACCCAUAUGGGUGAAAGAUGUGAAAGAGAGUCUCCAUGAGAUCUUACUCUCUUUUUGCUUCCAUGACUAUAGGAAUAGACUUUUAGAUUUACUGCUUGUGUAGUAAAAAGAAUAGUAUUCUUAGUUUAGCUUUAUAAUGAUUCUUGGCAAGUCUAUGUGGAAGUGGAUUUGGAGUUUUUUCUUCUCAUCUGAGAGAUCAAAAUGUUGUAUCAGUUAGGGUUUGAAGGCUUCUUUGGAUGCUUGUUUUCAUGUGUUUGGUAAUGAAUCAUAUG